AUGUCUGACAAGUAUAAAAUUGAGGUAUUGAAUUAUAUAACCUCCGAUCCAGCUAUCCCAAUCAGUUUUCGGACUUGGGAACUGUAUGAGUAUCCACUGCUACCAGCUACAACCAAUCACAUUUGGGCAAUCAAAACAACAAAUCAACUCGAGAAACCUCGUUUUGUCAUCGUUGGAUUUCAAACAGCAAGAAAGAAUCAGUCGAAUCAAAAUGCAAGCGAGUUUGACCAUUGUCGCAUAAGAGAUAUUAAACUCAUCUUGAACUCUCAGAGUUAUCCAUAUGGAAAUUUGAAUCUCAACAUUACGAAUAAUCAGUACGCCUUGAUGUAUGACAUGUACACUAAUUUUCAAAGUGCUUACUAUGGAAAAGAAGCUGAACCGCUACUGGCUAAGAAAGAUUUUCUGAAUAAAGCACCUCUGUAUAUAAUUGACUGCUCCAAGCAAAACGAGUCAAUCAAGUCUGGACCUGUGGAUAUACGUCUGGAGUUUGAAUCAUCAGCACAGUUUCCAAAUCAAACUGCUGCUUAUUGUUUGAUAAUUCACGAUCGAAUAAUUGAGUACAAUCCCAUCAGCAGCACUGUAAGAAAACUGACUUAA